GACAUUUGCUGCAAGGAGCUAGUUUAUGAACAGCUAGCUGGAGAAAGAUGAAGAGCCGCGGACGGAAAUAGAAAAUAUUUUUCCUUUUAACAACUGAGUUGACGUUUGGGUUACACUUUGUUAUCGCACCCACAUUAGAGACAGUUCAUAUCAAAUGUAGCGCUAGGUAAAACUUCCUGUUUGGCUAAACACGUUUAAUAGUAGGCUAACGCUUUCUUUUAAGUUAACUUACACAGUAAAUGUUCGGAGUUCAGGUUGAGGUUGUGUUCCGCUUUGCUGCUCUGAGAUGUCGACACCAAUCAGAUAACUGAAGUUAAUUGUUGCUUUUGUGUUGCAGUAUGGGCGGACAUUAGCGCUUAAGCCGACUUGGCUAACUGCGGUUUGCAGGCAAGGUUAAAAUUAGCUUUAGCCAGCUAGCUUCUCAGUCCCCUCUUGCUGCAGCUUUCCCACUUUCUUAUGCUGACUUGUCAGGCCAGGUGUGCUGAAAGUAGGCCAGGUGUGUUGUGGGAUAGAUAGGGUGUGGUGUCUGUAACCUAUCAACAGUGUGUAGUGUGUAGUAUAAAGUCGUACAGUCUGCUUCAGGGAUUUUUGUUACUGUAGUGGAGCCAGAGGUAGGACCAUGCUGCUCUCCUUGGUUGUGCACACAUACUCGCUGCGGUACUGGUUUCCAGCCACGAUCAUGCUGGGGACAGCACCAGCUUACCUGCUGUCAUGGGGGGCUUGGCGCUUACUUUCAAGUGUCUUACCAGCGAGAAUGUAUCACAAGUUGGACGACCGGUUGUACUGCAUUUACCAGAGUAUGGUUCUCUUCUUCUUCGAAAACUACACAGGAGUUGAGAUUGCUAUAUAUGGAGAUAUACCAAAGAACAAAGAGAACGUGAUCUACCUGUCUAAUCAUCAGUGCACAGCUGACUGGAUCAUUGCUGACAUGCUCGCCAUCAGGCAGAGCGCCCUCGGUCACGUCAGAUACGUCCUUAAAGAUGGACUGAAGUGGCUCCCGUUAUACGGAUGGUAUUUCUCUCAGCACGGAGGAGCCUACGUGAAACGAAGUGCAAAGUUUAAUGAAAAGGCGAUGAAGAAGAAGCUCCUCACUCAGACUCAAUGUGGAACACCAAUGUACCUUGUCAUCUUCCCUGAAGGAACUCGGUAUAAUCCAGAGCUGAAGAAUGUUAUUGCCGACAGUCAGGCUUUCGCUACGAAAGAAGGACUGGCUGUCCUGAGGCACACACUUACACCCAGAAUGAAGGCCUCUCACAUAGCCGUCGAGACCAUGAAGGGCCACCUGGAUGCUGUGUAUGACAUCACCGUGGCCUACGAGGGAACGUUCGACGCUUCCGGUCAAAGAAGACCUGCACCAUCAAUGCCAGAAUUCCUGUGCAAAGAAUGUCCCCGCGUCCACAUACACUUCGACCGCGUGGACAUAAAGGAAAUUCCUACAGAGCCAGUGUUUUUCCGCAGGUGGCUGCACGAGCGCUUCGAAAUCAAGGACCGGCUGCUGACGGAUUUCUACGAGUCGGCGGAUGCAGACAAAGUAUGCAAGUUCCCCGGGGAUGGCAAACCUUUCCCUCUGAACCUGUCUAAAACCCUCCCAUCAGUGGUUAUCCUGGCAGGACUGACACUGCCGUUACUUCUGACGGAGAACGGCAGGAAACUGUACGUGAGAACCUGGGUGUACGGGACACUGCUGGGCUGGCUGUGGGUGAACGUUUCUCCUUAACGAGCAGGGGCGGAGGCUGCCGCAACGAGAUGCACAAAAGACAUGGAGAGCCGGUGCCAUUUUCCUGUAUCAGAUCAACACAAGGUGUGUUCCAGAUGCAGAGCAGCGUCUGAUAAGAGGCUCAGAGAUUUAUCCCACAUGUCUGGCUCACAGUUGACCUUGAGCUGAAAGCUGAACAGAGAUGCAGAAAAAUGUUAAGCUUUUUGUGCUACUUCCUCCCUUGCGUUAUUUGGAUUUGCAGCCUGAAAUGAUUAGAGAAACAUGAGUGGAUGUGUUGAAAAGUAUUAGAUUUCUCAAAAAUACCCCUGGAUUACUUAUUAUGAAAUAAAAAUACAUAUAUACUUCUCUUAAAAUACCCCCCCCCCCAUCAGAUGUAGCCAAAUUAGUGUUCUUGCAUGCUCAUUUUCCCAUCAAACAUUGACCAGUGUUAAAGCUCUCAUAUGACAUUAAAUUUUUGAGAACUCAGAACACGUCUGAUGAUCGUGGUCAGCGACUGCACGUAAGUGACACAUCAUAGUGAUGAUGGAUCAUUGAUUAUUAAGUGCACUGACUCGUUGACAUCGUUUGUAAUGUCUUAUUUAUUCCAAGCCCCAUGUCAGAAGAAUUAUGCACUUUGCUCAGUGAUUUUUUUUUUUUUGACAUUAGUAGAACAAAAUAAAGAACAUGCAGUCCUCUAUUGGGCCUCAUAAACAUGACACCAGCUGCAUUGUUUACCAUAAAUAUUCAUACUGAAUGUUUAUUUGUUUUAUACUGGAAAUGCCUGUAGCUGUAAAGGAAUGUUCAUUUAUGCAAACAUGGAAGAGUAAGUGUCUUUUAAUUUUCAGCAGCCAAGAUACAGAUUUUACUGAUAUUGAUAUCCUUCAAAAAUGCAAUCUGUUGUAUAUUUUUGAGCAAAGUGUUUGUCACUAGUGAUGCCACAGUGAGCUCACAUGGAGGAUUGCAUUUUACAAAUGUUCUACCAAUGUGAACUAUUGCUUUAAUGGUAAAAUGUCAAUCAUUGCCAAAAUGUGGAGUAUUUGGCAUGAUAUUCUACAAGUGUGUUAAGUUGAGCAAUACUUGUUUUGAUGCCAGCCCCAACAAUGUCUUGUUUCUUUUUUCUUUUUUUUGCCUAAUUACAUUAUAAUUAAUUUUUUUAUAAUGGCUCCAUAACUUUUAUAUGCAUCUGUUAUUUUGAAUACCUAGCAAAAAGCUGACAAAGCCAUGUUAACAGUAUAUCACAGGUUCCUGUGCUCUCUAAGCCAUUUGUACUAUAAUUAUCACUGUAUUGUGAAAUGCACUGUAUGUCAUUGUUGUUGUUUACUGUAAAGAAACCAUUGCAUUUUCCACGAGUCACUUUACAUAAUUGCCAUCUUGUCUUCCUCUAAAGUUAGUCUUUGAUAUGUUCUCCUCAUGUGGACGAUACAGUAAAUCUCAUUGUUUUUACAUGUCACUCCAAUACCUCACUUGAAUAAUCCUUCCUUGUUCUUAAAUGACCCUUGUCAGCCAUUUUAUAGUCAUUUUUAUCCUGACAAGAUCAGACUGUAAUGCAUCAGGAAACUCUAUGUAGACAGUAUUUAAAUGCCAACGGAUUUUGGAAAUGUGUGCCUUCUCUUUGGAGGAGCUGGUCCUCAGCCCUCUUACAGAGGGCCACAGUGGCUCUUUUCCAUCAGGUGACUGCAUGGAGGCACUCUGCUGGAGCUGCUGCUCACUGCAGCAUGUGGUCACACUGUCUACAGUUCAUAGUGGCUUAUUUUGCUCUACAAAUGCAUUGAUUUACACUUUUCGAAGACUAUUAUUAAAUGACGAAACCUUUAAUGUGUGUAAGUUCUGGAAAUGGGGAUUUGAGUGAAAUAAAGUGGUUUUCUUUGGGGA